UGUCGCCUGCCGUCGCACCGAGCCAGCUACUUUUAAGAAGCACAAGAUGGACAGUCAGCGAGACUGGUAUUUCAAGUUUAUUCUAUUAAAAACAGCACACCUUGCCUUUGUGCCCUUUGAGUGUGUGGAUGCAUCAGAGUUAUUUCUUCAAAUCAUUAUGAAAUCGGUUUUCUUGUUUGCGAUCACAUUUUAUCUUUUGUAUUUCAUCCAAGCACAGAAAACAUGUGUUAAGAUUAACGAGUGUGAAGUGGAGGCAUCAUUGAUAGAAUAUCAUGGUCAAGAUGCUCUUUUGCAAGAUCAACUCAAGGACAGAUUGGCAAAGUUGAAUUGCUCACCAGCUAAUGCCACGGAACUUCACGUCUAUUGUGCAAAUCCAAAUGAAGAGAUCAUAAGGCCUGAAGAGGACACAGAGGACGAGGAUGAAGAAGACGAUGAGUCAGACUCAAGCCUUGAUUACGGGAUUAGACACAGCGGUGGAAUUUUAGAUGCACUCAAUUUUAACACUCGACAAAGCUGCCUUGGAUCCCUCAAAUUAUAUUACUUCAAUCCGGUCCAGGACUCGGUGAGGAUCCUCAAUCUUCGACAUGGGACUCACUCCAGGAUACCCGUUCCAGACUUGGGCAGCGGGUUCUUUUUCCAAGCUAAAACUUCCGGCUCAUGUUGUUGGCAACUGUGUUCCAAAAAAUUCUUUCGAGGAUCCCGCAGAACCCUAAACCCGGGUGUCAAACUGAAAGAUGUGUCGGUGGAAUCGGCUAAGACCUUAAAUUGUUGAACUAAUCAAUGAUUUCCUGCUUGAAACUCGAAUAUACAGAUUCCUUCUACUUAUAAAGCAACUCCAGUAAUUCAUUAUCGGCCAUUUUCCUUGAAUGCAUUUUCUAUGUUGUCUACAACCUAUUAGAGUCCAACAAGUCAUCAAGACCAAACUGCAAAGUCUACUUAUUGCUUUGUACUUGAUAUCUUCGGUCGCAGUCAGGCUCAAGAUAGGACAAGAGAGAGGACACUUCCUUGAAAACGUACAACUUCGUCUUCCGAGCAAUACGCAGAUUGUCGGGGCAUUACAUCUUUGUAUAGGCUCAUCCGUUUCCCAGUGAGCGAGGGAGGACAAUGUACACAUCCGCUUGAGCUCAUCGACGUUUUAGUUGAGCAACAAAAAACGCCAAGCAUGUCAUGAGCGGUGGUAUAUCAUUCAACGGGUCUAAAUCUUCCAACGACAAGCCAGUGAACAGUUCCAAAAACAAGCUUUGAGCGUCCAAUUGACCUCGCUUUUUCUGACAAAAAGCAUCUCGAACUUUGGCGCCUGAUCUCUCUAGUAGCAUUAUGAAUCCAAAAUUAGUGUUGUCUUUGGCGAUUGUGGCACUAUUGCCCUGCAUCAGUGCUGAAAACAGGUGCGUUCCCAUCAAAGAAUGCGAAUCUUUGUAUCAUUUGCUCCAGAACCGACUCAAUCAAGAGCUUCACGGUCUCACGCCCCGUCAAGUAAUGGCUCGAUUACGAACCCUCAUCUGUGGUUACUCUCCAGACGAUGACGUUAAAGUAUUUUGUGAAGACGCCAUUGAAGAAGAAGAAGAGGAGGAAGAGAUAGCCGAUGGGGAUGAAAGACCCUUCGGGGCUCAUCUCGACGAGGUAGCACCUCGAAGUGGAGGUGUGUUCGUUACUUUGGGAGAAGAUAGUCAAUGCGGAGGCGUGUUGAAAUUGUAUCACUUCAAUGACGAGAAGACCAGCUUUAAAACUCUCAAGCUCAGUGGUCGGAAUUAUGCCAAAUUGAGGCUUCUGGACGAUCGACAAGUCUAUGACACGGCCGUGGAAGGGACUUGCUGUUGGGUGGUCAGCUCAAGGGUCUAUUAUCGCGGUGAAAGAGAGACCAUGCGGCCAUCUUGGGCUAAAUUGUCCUUCCAACCUCGAGCGGCCAAGAAAGUCGUUUGUACCACUGUUCAACAUUGAGGAAGAGCAUCCAGCCUCUUCUGAAGCACUGUUUGUCAAAAUAGAUUCAUCCCAAAUCAUGUAGUGUAUCUCGAAGUACGGAACCAACCAUGUUUCAACGUCAGCGCAAAUAAAGACAUUAGAAUGGCAUCUGAACGAGA